AUGGCGGCAAACCAGUCUACUUGGGCCCAACUACGGCAACAGGCGAGAGCGCAAGAAACGCAGACAGAGGCACUAUUCCACACAUAUGCGCAGUAUGCCUCUCAGACAGACAUUGCGCCCAAGCCCAGCGAGGAUGAGCAGCGGACGGAGGAGCAAUUGAACGAGAUCUUAGAGAAGCGAUCACAACUCCUCACCCAACUUUCCCGACUCCUCGACUCCGAUUCCCAACCCAGCGCUCUCAAAACAACGAACCUCAGCCGCCACCGCGAGAUCCUAACACAACACCGCACCGAGCUUUCCCGACUCAAAUCCUCCAUCAGCACGGCACGAGACCGAGCAAACCUCCUUUCCAAUGUCCGGAGCGACAUCAACGCCUACCGCCAGAGCAACCCCGAGGCUGCUGAGGCAGAUUAUAUGCUGGAGGAGCGCGCAAGGCUAGAUCGAAGCCACAACGUCGCGGACAGCGUGCUCAGCCAGGCGUACGCGGUGAAUGAGAGCUUUGGAUUGCAAAGAGAGACUUUGACGAGUAUACAAAGGAGGAUUACGGGGGCUGCGGCCCAGGUACCGGGGAUCAAUAGCUUGAUGCAGAGGAUUGGGAGCAAGAAGAGGAGAGACGGCAUUAUACUGGGAAGCUUUAUUGCUUUCUGCGUGUUGGUGCUGUUUUGGUUGUGGUAG